AUGGUUAGUUUUAGAACCGAGAGAACAAAACACUUAACCACAAACCAUCUCUUAAUUCCCCUUAACCAGUUGUCAUCACGAAGACCUUCGAUGGCUGCCCACAUUGUGGCCAUAAUGCUCCUGCUGAUGGCGACGGGAAUCCAGGCGCGACGCCUGGGCCACCGGCGCCUCAUCAUCCACGUGCCGGUCAAGGUGAAGACGCACCACCACACCCACACGGUCUACAAGGUGCUCCAUGGAUCCCAUGGCGGCGGCGGUGGAGGAGGUGUGAAGCAAACUGUGUACAAAGUACUCGGAUUCUCCACACACGGCGGUGGUAUUGGCAAAGGAGGCGGCGGCGGAGGAGGAGGUGGUGGCCAUGGCAGCUAUGACUUGGGCGGCAUGGGCCACGGCGGCGAAAUCACGUACGAGGACAUGCACGGAUGCGAGAGCGGCAAGGUGAUUCCGGCGGCCAGGGACAUGAUUUUCAAUCACUACUCGCGACACGGCGAGAGCGAUGGGACUGGCGAGGAUUACGCCGAGGAGCUGGACGACUUCGUAGACCUAAGGGAUGGCUGGUUGUGA